CCUCCAGACACUUCAGCCUCUCUGGAGAAACAGUCUAUCUCGAGUGCAGGCCAUGUCGUGCUGCUUAGAACUCCUGACUACUACCUCCAUCACUACUUCCGCCCCCACCGGGUGUAGUCAAUGGUAGGUGGUUUGCUAGAUGGCUAGCAUGGCCUCCACAAAGCACUCGAAAGGCCAUAUCCAUCAGGCAGCGAACUACCUUCACGGAAAAUUCGAAAACCAUGGUGUUCAAUGGAACGGUUCAAAUGUCACUGUAUCUGGAGAUGUCAUCUUCAAUACUCCACAUCUCGGCAGAGAUGACCAGACGUUGGAGCGUGAAGCGAGAAAGGCGCUCUGCUAUAAUUUUAGGGACCCUAUAGACGAUCGACGGAGUAUAUUGAGCCGCAAGCCGCGCAUGAUUACGGCAACUUGCGACUGGAUAAUCGACGAUCCUCGUUACAAGCACUGGAGAAAUGUCCGAACUCGCUCGCAGCUCCUUUGGGUCUCAGGCGGACAGGCCCGCGGGAAGACUAUGCUUGCCAUCUUCCUCAGCCAGCAAUUCGACAAGCUAGCACAACAUGCCAGCGAAAUCACUGUGCUGUACUAUUUUAUCGAAAGACAAGACAACCGGGACACCGCGUCUCAUGUGCUAAGAGGACUUAUAAGACGCCUCAUCGCGGUUAGAAAAGAAUUGACAAAGUAUCUGGUCGAGUACUAUGAGGAUUCUGGGAGCGAUCUGUUCGGGCCGAACUAUAUUGAAACGCUAUGGCGAGUAUUCGAAGAGAUGAUAAGGGACCCGAUAGCUGGGCAAGUGUACUGCAUCAUCGAUGGCCUAGACGGUUGCAAAGAAGAAUCUCUUCAGCGGCUGGUGGGACUAGUCAGAGACUUCUUUCUCGAUGAGCCGCAAGUGGUCGUCGACGAAGGGGUUCCCACUGACAAUUACGGAAGCAGUAAUGUCCCGAAGACGGGGAAGAUUGGACAGAAAACGGGCUCGGGCCUGAAGAUGCUUCUUGUGAGCAGGGAAGAGCCAGAAUGGCUUUUGGAAUAUUUGAGAGAUUUCCCGCGCAUUCCGAUAGGCGGAGGUCCCUCCAAGAAGGCGGGCAAAGCUGGCGUUUCCAGUGCACAGCCUGCAAAAAGGCCACCCAGACUGAAGGAGGUCGCUUCAACCAUAAUUCGAAAGCAAACACUACAGAAAACAGAAAAGAACGAGACUGUUGCAGAGGGAUCCUCUGCAACAUCAUCAAACAAUCCACCCAGUACAUUAGCACAGGUCGUGCCGACGGUGUCAUCACCCGCGCCUCCAUAUUCUGCAUUAGCAAGCCCGCUGGUCGGCACCAACCCGCCGUGGCCUGGGAAUAAUCAGCUGGUCUACAAUAGCGGUGCGCUCGCGCUGACAAGUGGGCCAAUUCCAACAAACGAGCAAUCAGCCACACAGGCAGGGAAGUCCUCUGGUCAGAAUCUCGCUCUAACACUACUUGCCUCCAUGCCAACAGAUGCAUCAGUCGCGCAACAGACGCUUCUUUCAUCUCUCUCAUUACAGCCGGCCGUCUCCACAUCCUCCCCGCAACACCAGCUAGUGUCGACUGGAGCACCUCUUUCGCUCCCUUCAACUCAACCCAUUACUACCGCUUCUUCUCAGCCUCCAGGCGCACUCUCGGCGACGCAGUAUUCUGUUGAAACGGUGUCUACAGCGUCUUCGGGAAUAUCAACGUCGACUUCGACCCAGUCUGCGACUACGUCUCCACCGUCGAUCCACACCUCCGGGCCAUCAUAUCAGCAGUAUGGUGUAUCCAUCCCAACAGACCUCUCCCAUGCCGCUGUUUCAGCUCAGCAGCAGUCUACAGCAGCAAACCUAGGGCAGCCUAGCUUCACGAACGCUGCGCACCCUGACCAGGUCACUUCGAAACCAUCAGAUACUACACAGAAUGCCGCUUCUGUAACGGCAUCCAGUUCAUCCGCUGCUGUCUCGACUUCAGCAUCAUUGUUUCAAGGGGUUCCCUACACGACCGAACCAGCUGAUUAUAUUGAUGAACGACCCAGUGCACCAACGGAACAUCAAGAAGCGGAAGAAGUGCACAUUGCAGAGGACGAAAUGGAUGAGGACUAUAAUCCAUCUUUAAGGGUAUACAUCGAAGCUAAGAUAGAAGAGCUGGCCCAAGAAAGGCAAUUCCCCACCGAAGUGCAAUCCUUCAUCUGUGCAGCUUUAGAGUAUCGUGGUGAUGGCACGUUCCUAUGGGUGGACUUCGCUAUUGAAGAAAUAAAGAAGGUGCAUGUCGACAACAUGGAAGAGACAUGCAACUCUCUCCCUCCAACAUUGGAGGAUAUGUACGCCAGGAUCCUGCUCAAUAUUCCCCAACACCUGGUCGACCUCGCCAUCGGCCUACUUCGAUGGACCAUUUGCGCACGACGCCCAAUGGAUCUGAUGGAGCUGUGGAUUGCUCUCAAUCUCUCGCAUUACAGCUGUCAGGAUGCAAUAGAGUACAUUAAAGCAACCAUCCUCGCCUGCGGAAACAUGUUCAGCAUCCAGACGGAAGAUCAUACGGUCAACUUGAUCCAUCAGUCACUCGUCGACUUUCUCACUAGUGAUUCUUCAGUUUUAAUGCACGACCCACGUCUGUCGAGAUUCCACAUUAUCCCUUCACAGAUUCACGGUGACAUCACCACGUUUUGCAUCUCAUAUCUGGAGUCUGGCCCUUUCAACCACCAUCCGAUCUGCCAAUUUGAAAACGCCAUGGUUUACAAUCAGCAUAUCAUGACUUACCCAUUUCUUCCCUACGCCGCAAGCUUCUGGCCUGAUCACUUGAAAGAAGCAUCGAACCCCUACCUCAACCUCUCGUCUCCCUUCUUCCUUCCCAAGUCAAUAGCAAGGAAAAACUGGUGGAUUACAUAUUGGGCUUUCACGACGGGCAAAGCUACCCUAUCGGCCCCCAGAAACUUUACGGUGUUGCACUUAGCCGCGUACCUUGAUUUGGUGGCAGUGGCUCAACAAGUUUUCCAACGCGGGGAACUCAAGUCUCGACUGAACAAACGGGACUCUCACGGUAAUGCACCGCUCGACUACACCGUCGCCCGUGGAAACAUUGCAAUGUUCCAGUUUCUCCUUAUGCACAACGCCAAGCAGGAGCCGCUGGGGGAGACACCACUGGAGCUUGCUGUGCGCAAGGGUCAGAAAGAAAUGGUGGCGCUUUUAUUGGACAUGGGGUGGGAUGUCAAUCUUCGUGCGAAGCAAGAAACACCACUUGGCAGCUUGUGGACAUUGGCAAGAUGGCUCCCGGGUGCCUACAGCGAGGGCCUCGACCUCAACGUCGAUACAUGGCAUAUGACUUUUCGCGACAUUGUUGCUGCUUGAGAGAGGAGCGGAGGUUGAGGCGGGCACAACAAAAGGCUUUACUCCGCUCCACUCAGCCUCCUAUGUCGGUGCCUUGGAUUGUGUGGAGCUUCUCCUGCAGCAUGGUGCUAAUCCAAACUGGCUCACCACGGAGCACUGGCUUCCAAUGCAUUACGCUGCUAUGCGAGGCAAGCUCAAUGUAGUUGAACGCUAUCUGGAUCUUGGUGUUCCUAUCGACGCUGUAACGAUCAAGUCCAAAACGGCCCUUCAUCUCGCGGCUUAUGGCGGUCACGCUGAACUGGUGGAAUUUCUCUGUCAACGUGGAGCCAG